GAACCGGACCGCGCGUGAAGGAGUGAAGCUUCUCUACCUUUGUUUCGCCUCCCUUCCGGUGGAUCGCCGUCCUGUCUCCCCGCUCGCUGUGAGCUCCUUCGUCUUCCUCGGCUCGAAACCCUAGAUCUCCGUUCAUGGACAUCCUCAUCGCGCAGAUCCAAACGGAUCUGCGCUCGAGCGACGCCCUCCGCCAAUCGGGCGCCCUCCUCCAGGCGCUGCAGCAAUCGGCGGCGGGGCGCGACGUGUCGGCCGUGGCGAAGGCGACGUGCGAGGAGAUCAUCGCGUCCCCCUCAUCGGCCGUGUGCAAGAAGCUCGCCUUCGACCUCCUCCGCUCGCUGCGACUCACCCCCGACCUCUGGGACACCGCCCUCUCCGGCGUCCGCUCCGACCUCUCCUUCCCCGACCCCGACGUCGCCGCCGCCGCGCUCUCCGUCCUCUCCGCCGUCCCCUCCCACCGCCUCCCCCGCCUCCUCUCCGACGCCCACAAGGACGUCUCCGCCGCCCUCGACUCCCCCGCCGACUCGCUCCGCCUCGCCGCCGUCGACUCCCUCGCCUCCGUCCUCGCCCGCGACGACCUCGUCCUCCUCUGCCACGCCAACCCCUCCCUCCUCGACCGCGUCUCGGCCUGGUGGGCCCGCAUCGCCUCCCACGCCCUCGACCGCUCCGACGCCGUCGCCAAGGCCGCGUUCGAGGCCAUCUCCCGCCUCUUCCAAGAAUUCGAGACCAAGCGCAUGAGCCGCCUCGCCGGGGACAAGCUCGUCGACGGGGAGAACUCCCUCGCGAUCCGAUCCCAGUGGGUCGUCGCCGCCGUGGACCUCGUGUGGGGCAAGCGCAACGCCCUAAUGGCGCGAUCCCUCAUCCUCCCCGUGGAGAGCUUCCGCGUCACCGUAUUCCCCCUCGUCUACGCUGCCAAGGCCGUCGCCUCCGGCGCCGUCGAGGUGCUCCGCAAGAUCUCCAAGCCGGGGGGCGGUGAUUCGAGCGCUGCGACGGCGGAUUCGAGUGCGGAGAAGCUCGUGGGAGUGUCGGAUGUGGUUUCCCAUCUCCUACCAUUCCUCAGCUCGCUGGAUCCGCCGCUCAUCUUCGAGGUCGGGAUCAACAUGCUCUCUCUGGCCGACGUUCCCGGUGGGAAGCCGGAAUGGGCUUCAGCUUCAAUUAUCGCGAUCCUCACACUCUGGGACAGGCAAGAGUUUUCAUCUGCCAGGGAAACCAUCGUUAGGGCCGUGGUUACUAAUCUCCACCUUCUAGAUCUCAGCAUGCAGGUAUCACUGUUCAAAAGGCUCCUUCUUAUGGUGAGAAACUUGAGGGCAGAAUCGGACCGCAUGCACGCUCUGGCGUGCAUUUGCCGUACAGCUCUUUGCGUUGAUCUUUUUGCAAAGGAAAGCGUGCGACGAGGACAAAAGCCACUCCCUGGAACAGAUGUUGCUUCACUUUUUGAGGAAUUAAGGAUCAAAGAUGAUCUAAACAGCACAACUAAUAAAAGCUUGUUCAGAGAAGAACUAGUUGCUUCGCUGGUUGAAAGUUGCUUUCAGCUAUCCCUUCCCCUUCCUGAGCAAAAGAACUCUGGUACAGAGAGCAGAGUCAUUGGUGCUUUAGCUUAUGGAACUGGUUAUGGCGCGUUAAAUUGGACUGAACCCGCGUUGGAGGUUGUGGAAGUUUGCCGGCCUUGUGUUUUAUGGGAUUGUGAUGGGCGGACAUAUGCUAUAGAUUGCUAUUUAAAGUUGCUUGUGAGGCUUUGCCACAUAUAUGAUACAAGAGGUGGUGUGAAAAGAAUCAAAGACGGUGCAUCGCAGGACCAGAUUCUGAAUGAGACGAGGUUGAGAAACUUGCAUUUUCAGCUUAUCAAAGAUCUUCGUGAGGUGCACACGCCAAGAAUAUGUGCGCGCAUCAUCUGGGCCAUCGGUGAACACUUUGAUUUGGAAGGUUUGGAUCCACUUUUGGCUGAUGAUCCUGAGGAUCCAUUAAAUAUAAUUAUUUCAAACAUACACAAGGUCUUGUUUAACACUGAAGCAUCUGCAAGUAGUUCAAAUAGGCUGCAAGAUGUGCAAGCCGUCCUUAUAAGUGCACAACGUCUGGGAUCAAGAAAUGCCAGAGCAGGCCAGCUUCUAAGCAAAGAACUCGAAGAUUUCAGAGCUAGUACUUUAGCUGAUUCUGUUACCAAGCAUCAAUCCCGCUAUAUUUUGCAGACAAUAAAGUAUGUCACCGGUCAUCCAGAGAGAAGAUGGGCUGGUGUAGGUGAAGCUACAGGAGACUACCCGUUUAGCCACCACAAGCUCACAGUUCAGUUUUCAGAGGCAUCUGCAGCUCAAGAUAGAAAAUUGGAAGGAUUAGUUCACAAGGCCAUCCAAGAGCUUUGGAGGCCAAAUCCCAGUGAAUUAUCUCAUCUACUGAUGAAAGGCAUAAGUUCUACUCAUCAUAAAGUGCCUCCAAAAGUAUACACGCUGACUGGAAGUAGCGACCCUUGUUAUGUUGAAGCAUAUCACUUGGCAGAUUCAACUGAUGGAAGGAUUACGCUGCAUUUAAAGAUAUUAAAUUUGACCGAGUUGGAACUCAAUAGAGUGGAUAUCCGUGUUGGACUUUCAGGAGCAUUAUAUUAUAUGGAUGGAUUCUCUCAGACCGUGCGUCAGCUGCGAAAUCUUGUCUCACAGGAUCCAGUCCUUAGCAGUGUGACAGUUGGGGUUUCUCACUUCGAGAGAUGUGCCCUCUGGGUUCAAGUACUGUAUUACCCAUUUUAUGGUAGCGGUGGAGCCAUAGACUAUGAAGGAGAUUAUGCAGAAGAAGACUCUCAAGUCAUGAGGCAAAAGCGCUCUCUGAAACCUGAAUUAGGAGAGCCGGUAAUACUGAGGUGUCAGCCUUAUAAAAUCCCACUAACUGACCUUCUUUUGCCCCAUAAACUCUCUCCGGUAGAGUAUUUCCGCCUGUGGCCGAGUCUACCGGCUAUCUUGGAGUACACAGGCACGUAUACUUAUGAAGGUAGUGGUUUCAAAGCCACCGCUGCACAGCAGUAUGAUGCUUCCCCAUUUCUCAGUGGGUUGAAAUCGCUGUCCUCGAAGCCUUUCCAUCAAGUGUGCUCACAUUUCAUCCGAACGGUGGCAGGGUUCCAAUUGUGUUAUGCUGCAAAAACUUGGUAUGGUGGCUUUGUGGGCAUGAUGAUUUUCGGAGCCAGUGAGGUGAGCAGAAAUGUGGAUCUGGGAGAUGAGACCACUACGAUGAUGUGCAAAUUCGUGGUCCGUGCCUCCGAUGCAUCAAUAACAAGAGAAAUUGGAUCAGAUAUCCAGAGCUGGUUGGAUGAUAUCACUGAUGGAGGCGUUGAGUACAUGCCGGAAGAUGAAGUGAAGAUCGCUGCAGCCGAAAGGCUUAGAGUAUCGAUGGAGAAAAUAGCAUUGCUUAAGGCUGCCAAACCGAAACCGCAGCCCCAAAAAACGGAAGAGGAAGAAGAAGAGAAGAAGAAGAAAGAGGAGGAGGUUGAUGAGAAUGGGAAUCCGAAGGGACCUUCGACGCUGUCUACACUCACAGCGGAGGAAGCAGAGCACCGUGCACUGCAGGCAGCGGUGUUGCAAGAGUGGCAUAUGUUGUGCAAGGAGAAAGCCAUCAAAGUCUAACAAAAUUUGGCUUCUCAAUCAGCUUUUUGUAAUGUAAGAUUGUUCCUGAUUGUUACCUGUACGGCGUGUUUCAGCCACACUUGUUGAUUUGUUCAAUUCUUUUGCCCACUUUUGUAGAUUUAUGUAACUUGAGCAAACAUAUUUGGAGUGAAAUUUUUUGAGGUCUUGUUUGUUGUCA